AUGAAUAAGUCACGAUGUGUGAUGAGACAACAAAAGAAUCUAUUUAAUCACUCUAGUAAUAAAAAUGGUAUUACUUUAGAGUUCAUAUACACAGUCUCUAAUGACAAUCUCAUAACUGGGAAGAUAUUUGAACGAGUUAUUCAUAAAAAAUUCAAAAAUCUUCCAAUGUUUAAAAUUUGUUUUCCAUGCACUCCGUAUCUACUUUCCGGUGGAGAACUGCUAUUUUCCAAUGGUGAUUAUGAUUCUUGGACUGUAAGAAUAGGGAAUAUGAAGCUUGGAGAGG